AUGGACCAUUGGAAGUUGCAAUGCGAGAGGGCUGGACAUAUCGACUUUAACCAAACAGUCCUGCUGCACAAGUCCAUCGUCAGGAUUGGAGUGUCAGUCCUCGAAGAAGAAGCAGGUACCUACAUCGCAGGCAUUGAGCUCAUCUCCAAGGAAAGACGAAGGGGGAAUCAGAUCCUGGGAUACCGCAUCCCAGGAAGUCAGGUCUUUGUGGAUAUCAAAUCCGCACAGAUGCUGCGAGGGUUCCAGGUUGCGGCGGGCAAGGGAGGAAAUACAAAGAACAACGCUUGA